AUGUUUAUACUCGUCAAAUCACUACCAAUUUUUCUAUUCGCAGUCGAAAUAAAAGAGUAUUUUGCCCACAGAAAAUCAAUUGUUGCUGUCGAAUCUUGCGAGAAGCUGGGGUACGGCGCGUGCCGGUCCGUGAACGAGUUCCAGAAAUUGAAUCGUAUAGGCGAAGGCACUUAUGGAAUAGUCUAUAGAGCCAGAGAUACGAAAAGCGGACAAGUUGUAGCAUUGAAAAAGGUCCGUGUCGAUAGUAAAAUGAGCGCUCAAGUAGGCAUUUCUGACUCCGCCCUACGUGAGAUCUUGCUUUUGAAGCGUCUUCGACACGAGAACAUAGUUGAGCUCAAGGAAGUAGCUGUAUCACGUGACCCGCAAGGCAUGUUUCUUGUGAUGGAGUAUUGUGAACAGGAUCUGGCCAAACUUCUGGACGAGAUGAUACAUCCGUUUACUGAACCACAAGUCAAAUGUCUCAUGCAGCAAUUGUUUCGAGCCCUGAAUUACAUGCAUACACAUUAUGUGCUCCAUAGAGAUUUGAAGGUUUCCAACCUUCUUCUCACCAGCCACGGCAUAUUAAAAGUGGCCGAUUUUGGAUUGGCACGUGUUUUUGGCGAGCCGAAUAUGAGCAUGACUCCAAGAGUUAUAACCUUGUGGUAUCGCUGUCCAGAGUUAUUGUUUGGCAGCAAAACACAAACCACAGGCAUUGAUCAGUGGGCAGCUGGAUGCAUUCUUGGCGAAUUGUUGUUGCAUCGGCCACUUCUGCCCGGCAAGAGCGAUAUGGAGCAAAUAGAUAAAAUCAUCGGACUCUUGGGCACUCCAACCACGAAAAUAUGGCCAGAAUUGGAAUCUAUGCCUUUGCUGCAGAAUUUCACGCUAAAAACGCAGCCGUUCAACAACGUAAAGGUGGUUUUCGAGUCUGCUUCUUUGUCAGCUAUCGACUUAUUGAAUGCUUUGUUUACGUAUGACCCUAACAAGCGCAUUACUGCAGCCGAUGCGCUGGCGCAUCCGUUUUUCACGGAGCGGCCGCUGCCAUGCGAUCCAGUGCUGAUACCGUCGUUACCUCCGAGCCAUGGGAAGAAACGUAAACGGGACGAAUCACAGCAGCGAUGA